UUUUGUCGCUUCUAUUCUCUGCAUGCCAGGAGUCAUCCACGAUUGCUUCCACACAGACGGUUCCUAGUGCUACCAGUGAAAAGGCCUUGUGCAUUUCCACCAUCUUUCCCUCCUUGACAGAUUUUAUUUGCUAAGUAAAAAGAUCGAUGGUUUUUAUUUGCUAAGAAGUGGUGGGAAAACAAGGGAGGAAAAGGAAUGUGAUUUGGACCCUCUGUAAAGUUCUGUGAACGAGGCAGGACAAUUGCAUGAUCAAACCUUCGUCUGGACGCUCCCUCAAAGUUUCAACGCCCCCAUCUCCCCCCCCUUCUCUCCUUGCUAGUACAUCCAUCCAUACGAAACGCAGCUCCAAAGUGGGGAGUCUCUACCCCCAGAGGACGCGCUGGAGCUGCCGGCUGUCUACGCCUGGGAACAAGGAAGCGGAAAGACGGCCUUUGACAUGGCGGAAGGGUUCCGCACGGUGCUUUGGCUCCUCCAGCAGCACAGGCAGCUCUGCAUAUUUUGGACCCUAAACUAUGACUUUCAGGAUAAGACCCUCAAGGGAUACUUGCAAGGGCAGCUCCGGAAAUCCAGACCAGUACUCUUGGACCCAGCUGAUCCAACUAGGAACCUUGGAGAGGGGAGCCGCUGGGAUCUGCUUGCUAAAGAAGCUGAAGGCUGUUCUCAACAGAGAUGCUGCAAGAACGUCAGUGGAUCCCCGGUUGCUCACUGGGAUGUUCCGCUGCAGGUCCCUUGGGCGGACAAAUGGUUCUACUGCACCAUACUGUGACGGGACCCCUUGCAGCCUCCUUGCAUGGGAUGAAGUUUGGAGGUGGACAUCUUUCAUGUUCUCCCAGGCCGUUUUUGUAAAAAGAAAAGAAAAAAUGCCUUGCUGUGGUUUCGGAAAACUAGUGGCCCCUCGGAGGCUGUGUGGACCCAAGGCCACAAAUGUACGUUCUCUUCCUGCGCUUC